AACCGCUUCAUCGAAAACCCAUCACCCAGGAACGUUUCGUGUAAUUGUUGCGUGAAUUUCGUGAAAUAUAAUCAGUUUACAAGUGCAAAAAGCUCUGUUUUCGCCACACAACGUUUAAAACGCUGAAUCACACUGCUGUGUACCGAGAGGCGUUGGCAUCCGGACAGUAUAGAGGCAACCACAGCAACGAUAGAACACACCAAGGCUCAGUACUACUAGACCCCACUCAGUUGCAUCGAGAUGGCUGGCGCAAUGCUGAUCGACCGUGCCCAAUCGCACUCGCUGAAUCGGCAGGAUAUGACCAUCUUUGCGCGCGACCUCGAGGUGGACGAAAACGAUGAGGAACAGAUCCGACAGAAGGAACAGAAAAUUCUCGAGCUGGGCGAAACGUACAAGAAAGAAGGCAAGGCCAAGGAGCUGGCCGAUCUGAUCAAAGUGACCCGUCCGUUCCUGAGCUUUCUCAGCAAGGCGAAAGCAGCUAAACUGGUACGUUCGCUGGUGGAUCUGUUCCUGGACCUGGAAGCCGAAACCGGCAUAGAGGUACAGCUGUGUAAGGAAUGCAUCGAAUGGGCGAAGCAGGAAAAGCGCACCUUCCUCCGGCAGUCGCUUGAGGCUCGACUGAUUGCGCUUUACUUCGACACGGGCAUGUACACGGAAGCGCUUAAUCUUGGCAGCCAGCUGCUAAAGGAACUGAAGAAGCUGGACGACAAAAAUCUGCUCGUCGAGGUACAGCUGCUCGAGAGCAAAACGUAUCACGCGCUGAGUAAUUUACCGAAGGCCCGCGCUGCACUCACGUCCGCGCGUACCACAGCGAAUGCAAUCUACUGUGCGCCGAAGGUGCAAGCCACGCUCGAUCUCCAAUCGGGAAUUCUACAUGCGGCCGACGAGCGUGAUUUCAAAACUGCCUUCUCGUACUUCUACGAAGCGUUCGAAGGAUUCGAUUCCGUGCAGAGCAGCAAGGCACUGACCGCACUGAAGUACAUGCUGCUGUGCAAGAUCAUGCUCGGCCAAUCGGAUGAUGUGAAUCAAAUCGUCAGUGGCAAAUUGGCCAUCACAUACUCUGGACGCGAUAUCGACGCCAUGAAGGCGGUCGCGGAAGCAUCGCACAAACGCUCGCUGGCCGACUUUCAGGAUGCGCUGAAGCAGUACAAGAAAGAACUGGAGGAUGAUGUGAUCGUGAAGGCACAUCUCGGCACACUGUACGAUACGAUGCUCGAGCAGAACCUGUGUCGCAUUAUCGAACCGUACUCGCAAUGCGAGGUAAGCUUCAUCGCGGAACAGAUUGCCCUGCCCAUCGCCCAGGUUGAGAAGAAGCUUUCACAGAUGAUACUGGACAAGAAGUUUAGCGGCAUCCUGGAUCAGGGUAUCGGUGUGUUGAUCGUGUUCGAGGAAACGCCGGUCGACAAAACUUACGAGACUGCACUGGAAACGAUACAGCACAUGGGCAAGGUGGUCGAUACGCUCUACCAGAAGGCGAAGAAGCUGACGUAAAACGUGGUGGUGUUGUCCGUCUAUUGUUCCCGGCAACGGUUAGCGCAUAAUGCAAAUUAAUUAAUUUGUCUACCAGUCUUAACCUCUACUUCUCCGUAUCAUGUUGUUUUUUCCGGUUCAAAGAAACAAAAUCUCCCACUUGUGCAGAGAAUCCACACCCCACGGGCUAUCUGUUCACAAACCUAUCUAGCUCCUUUCAUUUAAAACAAAAAUCCGACUGACGAAUGUAUAGUUUUUAUCUGAAUGUUCACUGUUGCAUAAUCUCUGGCUGAGAAUUAAAAUUUGCGAAACAAGUGAGUUGGCAAAACGUUAAUACAUCUUUGCAAUGAAAUCUUCCGCCGAGUAGAAGAAUAAAUUGUCCGUACAAGAGCGAAACUCAUCUGCACAGUAACCUAACCAACCCAACGCCUGGCAAUGAAUUAGUCUAUUCCAUAUAAUUUGAAGGGUGUAGAAACUUGGUUCAUAACUCUGCUCAAAAGACUCACAAACCUCCAUAGUUGUGCGGGACAGAAGAAGAACGAAUAAAUUAUUUCCUCUUGAAAAUGCGAAACAAAAUAGAAAGUACAUCC